GAUCAGUCUCGUCUCGUCUCAACAGUGUUGUCGUCACUCGUUGGUUGGCUGGCUGCGGCAGUCGUGAUAGUUGCGUGCGUUACAUGCUUGGCGGCGGUGCAGCUGCAGCCUUGGAGCAACCGGGUGACCGAUAGAGAUUAGAGUGAUGUCGUCGCGUCGAGAGUGAAACUAGCAAGCAGCCGCUGGAGGAGAGAGUGCACGAGGACAUCAGCUGGAGCUGGAUAAUCGUUUCUCUCGCAGCGAGAAAGUGUUCAGCGACGCCGACGCGUCGCCAACUCAAGGAAAGAUGAUUAUUACUUUGAGAUGGAGCUUUGCAUUUCUAUUAGUAACAUGGUCAACAACCAGUUUGGCUGUCAAGACUUCAUCGGAAAGUAAACUAACUGGUUUGAAUGCUUGUAGCAGCAAGCAGACAUGUCAUGACUGUAUCCGCACGCCAAGCUGUGCUUGGUGUUCAAUGCCCGGAUAUAGUGACAAACGAUGCUUUCUUCCACAUAUUAACAAAAUCUCUAUGGAAUGCCCAAAUGAUUAUACUAUCAACCCAGAUAAUGAAUAUAAAAUGGAUAAAUACAAGGAAUUAACAAAAGGAAGUUAUAAUGCUGUUAAAGGUUUGGAAGAAAAAGUGUCGACUGAAUCAAAGGGACAUGAAUCUUCAAGUGCAAGUAUACAUACAGAGACGCAUAGUAGCAGUAGUACAAGUACUAGUAGUAAAAAUGAAGCUGUUCAACUUUAUCCACAAGAAGUGACCUUAAAACUAAGAAUAAAUGAAGUUCAAAAAAUUAAAAUUGAAUUCGCACAAGCAGAAGAUUAUCCUGUAGAUUUGUACUAUCUUAUGGACUUAAGUAAUUCCAUGAAAGAUGAUAAGCAAAAGUUAUCAGACUUGGGCCAACUCCUUGUUGAAAGUAUGAGUAAAAUCACAAGCAACUUCCAUUUAGGGUUUGGUAGCUUUGUUGACAAAGUUGUCAUGCCUUACGUUAACAUGGCAUCUGCAGCUCUUAAGCAUCCUUGUGAUGGUUGUGCUGCACCAUAUGGAUAUCGAAAUCACAUGCCACUGUCUAACAAUUCCACAGAUUUUGCGAGCAAAGUGCGGGAGGCUCCAGUUUCCGGUAAUCUUGACGCUCCAGAAGGUGGAUUCGAUGCUAUAAUGCAAGCAAUUGUAUGUCGUGAUGAGAUUGGUUGGCGUGAAAAGGCGCGUAAGCUUCUUCUAUUUUCAACGGAUGCAAGCUUCCAUUACGCGGGUGACGGUAAACUUGGCGGUAUUGUCAAGCCAAACGACGGCUUGUGUCAUAUGGAUAAGGAGGGAUUAUACACCCAUUCGACUCUUCAAGAUUAUCCGAGCAUUUCGCAGAUAAAUCUCAAAGUAAAGGAAAAUUCAGUGAAUAUUAUUUGGGCCGUCACAGAAGAACAAAUAAGAAUUUAUUCAAAUUUAACGAACCACAUUCAAGGUUCAUAUGCAGCUAAGCUCAGUAAUGAUUCCAGUAAUAUUGUCGACUUGGUUCGUGAACAGUACAAUGCUAUUUCGAGUUCUCUGGAGAUGAAAGAUACAGCAAGCAACUACAUUGAUUUGAAAUACUAUUCUAAUUGCCUAAAUGGUGGAUCAUUGAUUGAAACUAAUAAAUGUGAUGGCCUUAAAGUUGGAGACAAAGUUGAAUUUACGGUUGAAGUUGAAGUGAAGGCUUGUCCAGAAAAUCGUGCGGAUUGGAAACAAAAGUUUAUGAUUUAUCCCGUGGGCAUAAAUGAAUCGCUAACUGUGAAUCUGGAGAUGAUUUGUGAUUGUGAAUGUGAGCGAGCCGAUUCGAUAAACCAAGGUUUCGAGCCUCAUUCCCAACAGUGUUCUGCUCGCGGCGAUUUGAGCUGCGGCAUCUGCGCCUGCGAUGACGGCUACUUUGGUAAACAGUGCGAAUGUGGAACAAAUGAUCGAGGUAUAAUUAGUAACAAAGAGUUCGCCUGUCGUAAAGAAAAUACAACGACGUAUGACUGCAGUGGUAGGGGUAGCUGCGAAUGUAACGUGUGUCAAUGUUACCCAAGAGAGGAUCCAAACGAGACGGUUUGGGGAGAUUUUUGCGAAUGCGAUAAUUUUUCUUGUGAUCGACGCAACAAAGAAUUGUGCUCAGGACCGACACAUGGAAAAUGCAAUUGCGGUGUCUGCGAGUGCCAAAAGGAAUGGUCUGGCAAAGCUUGCGAAUGCAGCACAAAAAGAGACAAAUGCGACGUUAAUGGCGUUGAAUGUUCUGGACACGGUGUUUGCGAGUGUAACCAGUGCAAGUGCCAACCAGACGGUGACACGCGUUACUCAGGGACGUUUUGCCACAUAUGUCUGACUUGUCCCAACCGGUGCGAAGAAUUGAAACCUUGCGUCCUGUGUACGGCUUUUAAGGCGGGUAAUCUGACAGAGGUCGAAUGCAACAGCACUUGCAGCCAAUACGAUUAUGAGAUUGUUGAAACGAUUGAUGUCGAUCUUGACAAAGAAGAGAUCGGCUGCCAUGGCUACGACGAACAGGACUGCAAAUACUUUUUUGCCUACAUACAUGACGUCUUAAACAAUACCAUGUUAGUACGUAUCCAGAAGCAGAGGGAGUGUCCGCCUCAGGUAUACGUACUGGGCAUAGUGCUAGGCGUGAUUGCGGCCGUGGUGCUUAUUGGCUUGGCGCUCUUAUUGCUUUGGAAACUGCUCACGACUAUUCAUGAUAGAAGAGAGUUUGCCAAAUUCGAAAAAGAGAGAAUGAUGGCUAAAUGGGACGCCAGUGAAAAUCCAAUCUACAAGCAGGCGACAUCGACUUUCAAAAAUCCGAUGUACACAGCCAGUAAUAUCAAAUGAUUGGAUAUGAAGAAUCAAAAAGUUUUCAUUGUUGACAGUUUAUAUAGAGUUUUUUAACCAGACUUGGGCAGCUAUUCAAGAGUUGGUCAAGCUAUUAUCAAUACACAUCCAAGUGUAUCGUACACAUGUACUGCCAUAAUACUUACUUUUAACUAAUGACUUUUAUUACUUAAAUUGGAUAGAAUAAUAAUUAUUAUUUUAGCUUGGCUAACUUUUAUAUAGAAUAUAUAUAAAAAAAUUAUGAAAAUAUUGUGUUAGUAUAAACAACAAUGCGAAUUAUAGAAUUAGAGUUUGCAUUUGUAAGUUAGAUUUUAUAUAAUUAUUACAAGUAUUUUAUGACUCGAAUAUUUAUGCAAUUUUACUGUGACGUUUCUAUUCUUCCUUUUAUGAUCUGAUAAGAGAAAAUAAGCGCAAAUUUAUUUUGUAAUUUUAAUUAACAUUAAAAUAAUAGGUAUAAGUAUAUUUUUCCAAGAGAGAAGAAAGAGUUGGAUAGAAUCUGUAUGUUAGAUUGUAACAGUGAUCAACUUCAACUGAAUAACCUGUGUAAAUAUCUGAUUCUUCGAAUUUGUAAAAGUGCCUAUAGGUUCAUAAUAAUCGAAGUGUAUUUACAUUUUAAUAGUGCACAAUUGGCUGAUUGACUUUCAGUAAAAACUCUAAAAUAAUAUCAGCCAUUGAUAAAAAAAGUUCUUCCGAAUGUACUUUUUCCAAGAGUUUGGAAAUGAUGUGUUACAUAUAUUUUUUUUAAAUUAGUAUAUAGUAUAUUACAACGAUACAAAGCCUAUUAAAGAGACUGGCCACUUUUUAAAUAGUUAUAACAAAUUAAGAAUUACAACGAAAUGAUGUCUACAAGUAAUCAAAUGAAUAUGAGAUCUUUACAAGACAUACUUAUAUUAACAUUUUGCGAUACUUAUUUAAAAGUGUUUACAGUCGUCCCGUCUGAGUCACUUUGAUUUAGAGAAUAUUUUUGUACUAGUUUGAAUAAAAAGUUUUAUACUGUAUACAAAAAUUCCAUAAACGCAGAAUUCCAUGUGUUAUUAAAAUUUUUAUUUUUAAACACAAAUAAAAGGCUGUAAAGUUCUUACUAUUAUCUUGCAUUUUUA